AUUUUGAGCUGUAUAAUUUAUAAUUCUGUGGCUUUGAGGGGAGAUCAGGUAGUUUGAGGUUCAAAGCAAAUCAGUCUGACGGUAAUUGCCAGGGAUUUAAAAAAAAAAUUUUUUUUAUACUCUCUUUAAUGUUGUUCUUUUAUCAGAUUCUCAAGUCGAUAUUUCAUCCUUUAUGUAAUUCCCCCCUCAGUUCAGUGCUGGGUAGUUCUGAAAAAAGUUUACCGAAAAUGUAAUUAUUUCCCAUGUCCUUAAAAGUUUGGUGAUUGCUAAAAAGUAGUAGUACACAGUGUGCAAAGUGACAGAGAGAAGAUAGAUAGAUAGAUAGAUAGAUGUAUACUUUAUUCAUUCAGAAGUUAAAGUCUGAAGUAGUGACGAGCUCUGCGAUACCAUAAUAUCAGCUCAGAGGACUCCAGCUCUACAGAUGGAUGGACUGAGACACAAUAACACGGGGUCCUCCUCGGAUAUUGCAGGAUUCUUUAGCUUGUAUGUGCUUUCUGCACAAUUACACUUCAGGACAGAAGAGAGGCCAUGAUAAGAGGGAAGCUGUGUGUGUGUGUUAUGGCUUAUGUUUGUGUGUUUGUGUUUACAACUUGCAGUUGGAGAAAGUGAACUUGUCAGCAGCACAGAUCCUGAGAGCAGCCGUUAUAAAGGCAGAGAAGGAGAACCCCGGUCUGACCCAGGACAUUGUUAUGAAAAUACUGGAGAAGAAGAACAUAAAAAUCGACUAUAACGAGUCUCUGCUUCGCAUGGCUGCAGACGAUGUGGAAGAGUUCAUGAUUGACAGGCGGGAGCCAGAGUUCCAGGAGCUGAACGAGAGAGCCCGAGCUCUGAAGCACAUCCUCAGCACCAUACCGGAUGAGAUCAAUGACCGAGUAGGCUUCCUACAGAGUAUCAAAGACAUCGCCAGUGCCAUCAAGGAGCUGCUAGACACCGUUAAUACCGUAUUCAGGAAAUACCAGCAUCGGAAUAGACGGGUGCUGGAACAGCAGAAGAAAGAGUUUGUGAAAUACUCUAAGAGCUUCAGUGUCACUCUCAAAACCUACUUCAGAGAUGGAAAAGUGAUAAACGUGUUUGUCAGCGCCAACCGGCUCACCCACCAAACCAACAUGAUACUGCAGGCCUUCAAGACUGUGGUGUAGCAGCCUGAGAGGGGACACGCGCGCGCGCGCGCGCACACACACACACACACACACACACACACACACACACACACACACACACACACACACACACACACACACACACACACACACACGCGCGCACACACAGAUGUUUUUAUUAGAGAACAGGUGAUGUGAGGCUCUGUAAUUUGUAAAGACAUUUUAUUAUUUUGGGCUGUAUAAUUUAUAAUUCUGUGGCUUUGAGGGGAGAUCAGGUAGUUUGAGGUUCAAAGCAAAUCAGUCUGACGGUAAUUGCCAGGGAUUUCUUUAUAUCUCUUUUAUGUUCUUUUAUCAGAUUCUCAAGCAGAUAUUCCUUGGUUCCGUUAUAUAUACCCCCCCCCGUCAGUUCAGUGCUGUGUGGUUAUGGAAAAAGUUUAGGAAAAUGGGAUUAUUAUUAUUAUUAUUAUUAUUAUUAAAAGUGCAAGGGAAAUAAGCAGUAUCCCAAACGUCUUCCCACAUUUUUGCACUUUUACUCAUUUUAUUCUAAUUUUUGUAGUGUAAAACAUAAUCAUGAUCUAUAUGGUGGUAUUAUGUACUUAUCUUAUGCUUCUGUCAGCUUACUUCAUAUUCGUCCACUAUAUAUAUUUUGAAGGAUAGGUGAUGGAGGUGAAAAGUCUUAGGAUAAUGACCCGAUCCUACGCUUAUUUGGAAGAACUAUACUAUGUACUGGGGAUGUGUAUGUCAGUUUUUUGCUGCAUCAGCUGUUUUUUUCUUCUUCUUGGGACCUUUUAAACAACAUCUUCUUGUGACACGAGGUGUGAGCGGUUCAAUCGCAUUGAUUUUUCCUUCUCUGUUUAAUUUAAAGGAUUUUUACAGAACUGACGUGUUUGAAGGUUUUUCACGAGGAAAAAGCUCGAUCAAGUCUUUUGUGAAUUUCCUUUUUUUGUCCUUCAUUUAUACAAAAUGAAAUGUUCUUGAAACAAUGUAUUGUUGCUGGUGGAAUUGUAUUUUCCUCCUUUUGUAAAUGUGACAUGCAUGGCACUGACACAUCUCCAGUAAAGCUAUCCCGCCAUUUGAUCAGAGAUUUAUUUUCAGCAUCUAUUCAGUCACGGAAACAACUCCUUUUGUUUUGUACCAAGAUCUCAUAAAGGGAAGCGCUGCAAACCUAGAGUCCAAAACCGGUUGGUUCGUAGAGUCCAUAGUCAGAAGUAGUUAAAAGUCAUUUCAGCAGAAGUAGACAAGUUGGGUACAACAGAGGAAGUUACAGAACUUUAAUAAUUGUUGUCAGACUGACAAAGUGGAACACUUAAACUGGGAACACCCAAUCCUAAACUGAUGGUUAGUGACUUAUUCAUUUUCAUCCAGAUUUCAAAGGAGCAGCAGAUCUUGAGUAAUUGAAUCUUUCCUUUUUUAAACAAAUGUAAUCGACAAUGAAUGUAUCUUUUCUGUCUCUUAUUCUUCCAUGGCCACAGCAAAAUAACUUCAACCAAAUGUAAAUAAAAAUGUCUCAAGAACUCUUCAACGAGAGUCACAAAGAGUGUGUUGAAAAAGCAUUUUCUUUGUUUUAUUGGAAACUGAAGAGUUCUGUCAUUUGAGGAAGACUUUGUAAAGUGGGUCUGUGUUCACAUUUGCAUUGUUGUAUGAAAGUGCUUCAUUUCUGCUCAGUUGCCCCUUGCGCUCUCUUUCUUCGCGUGCACCUCUUUUCCUCCCAGUACUUCAUUCUUCUCCCGGUA